GCCAUUUUAGUUUUGUGCUGUGUGAACAUUUUACAUUUUCAAGUGUGAGGAGUGUUGUAUGAGAUGGAGCCAAAUACUGAGAAUCAUGCGCACCAUAUGGUGGAACUUCGCCACGGCAACGCAUGUGGAAUAGACUUCAAGCAAGAUGGAGUAUUCCUUCCUGUUCUGUACGGACUGUUUUUCAUCGUUGGCACUCCCUUGAAUAUUGCUGCCCUUGUUGGUCUCUACAAGCUCAUCAAAACUGAAAAUGUCUUGCCAGUGUAUGUUAUGAACUUGCUACUUGCGGAUCUCAUUCAACUGUUGACCUUACCGAUGUGGAUGGACUACUAUAAAAACGACCACCACUGGCGAUUUGGACCCACGGCCUGCCAGAUGACUGGGCUUGCCUUUUACGUCAGCAUGUACGCAGGCAUUUUCUUCAUGUGCAUCAUCGCACUAGAACGCCACCUGGCCAUCGCCAGGCCUCUAAAGUACCACUUCCUGAGUCGACACAAGUUCGCGCGCUGGUUUGCCCUCGGGGUCUGGGUGAUCGUUUUCUUGCCCCCUUCGAUUGCCUUCAACAAGCUCUUCCCAACGCACGCCAACUACACGCUGUGCAUCGAGAAGUACCCCUCUGGAGGAGGCUUCAUCACCUACCGCCUCAUCACCCUGCUGCUCUCCUUCGUCGUUCCUCUCGCCUUCAUCGUCACCCUGCACGUGAAGACCCUGUCUUCGCUGAUGGCCGUCAGCGCCCUCGCGUCCGAGGAGAAGAAACGCAUCAAGGGCUUGCUCACCCUGCUGGUCGUCACGUUCGUCGUCGUGCUCGGACCCUACCACGUCACCGGGUGCAUCAAGUACGUGGGUCUGCUCCUGCACGGUGACAGCUGUGCCUGGGAGAGAGCAGUGUUCGUGCCUUUCCAGCUGGGCAGAGGGCUCCUGAGCAUCAACAGCCUGCUGGACCCCGUGCUGUACAUCUUCCUGAGGAAUGACUUCAGGUCGGCGGCCGCCAGGUAUCUGCCCUGCCUCAGUAGGGUGACAUGGGGACUGAGUCAGGGCAGAGCGUCCUGUGGGGCAUCUGACCCCAUGCGCACCAGCUCCACUGAUGAACUAUGAACACUCUUGGCUCUCAAUGCUUUCUAGCUCAACUGAUGGUCUAUGAAUACUCUUGGCUAUAGUAUACUCUUGGCUCAAUGCUUUCUAGUUCCACUGAUGGUCUAUGAACACUCUUGACUCAAUGCUUUCUAGUUCCACUGAUUGCCUAUGAACACUCUUGACUCAAUGCUUUCUAGUUCCACUGAUUGCCUAUGAACACUCUUGACUCAAUGCUUUCUAGUUCCACUGAUUGCCUAUGAACACUCUUGACUCAAUGCUUUCUAGUUCCACUGAUGGUCUAUGAACACUCUUGACUCAAUGCUCACUCUAUAGCUCCAUUGAUGGCCUGUGAACACUUUGCAAAAGUCACCAUGGACCAGGGCUGCUGAAAGAGUUUGCUUGGCCCGGGACAAAGUCACCUGAACGGUCCACCAUUCAAUACAUAGAGUGAAAUGAAAACCCAGUUCUAGGCUCCCUCCCUCCCUGGGGGCCGGCAAAAGUGAACCCUUUUGUGCCCAGUCUAUGUGUUUGAGACAGAGAGGUACAGUAAGAUACUGUGUUCGUCAUGCCAUGCCCUCCUAGUGACGUGACGCAUAAUCAGGCUAUGUUUUACAAGGCCAUCCUAAUUUUGAAAUAAUUCUCUUCAUCUUCAUUCAAAGGAGGACAGUUAAGUCAUUUAAAAAUGACUGAUGCAAACACUUUGCCUUCCUGUGAUGUCAUUGUCUCUAUAUCUUUUGCCAUUUGUUCAGUAAAUGUUUUUGCUUGGCAAAAAGCAGACUGUGAGAGGAGAGCAUACUGCAAAUUGGUCUUGAAAUUGAGAAUGCAUGUCACUUUUUUACAGUCUCUGUACAGGCAGCAUAUUUUGAAGAACUUUAUGUUUAUGUUCAGUGUAUAUAUUUUUUUUUUUUACAGUCGAUAUGCUAUUAAUAUAUAUAUUUUAGCAGAUGAAAUGUACUGUGAGAGUUAGUAUAGUAACAUUGGACUCUCUCAGAGAUUUUUUAAGUGCAUCCUGCCUUCUCAUCCUGUCUUGUGCUGUUUUGCUUGUUGUGCAGUGAAACCAUGCUGUGGUUUUCCACGUUGCUUCGUCAUUCAUAUAAAGAUAUGAUAUCUUGACACUCUGUGGAAGUGAGACCGUAACUCUUUAACUUCCUGAGAUGACACUUUCUUACUACCCUCUUGCAUCACGAACGUCAUGCCAUCAACGUCCUUAUUUCAUGUUUUUUUUUCUCGUGUCCUGUGCCAGUAAGAUUAAUCCUUUUCAACAGCACACUGGCAUCAGCCAGACGUGUUGCCGUUUGUCAAGAUUCCCCAAAAUUAGACAAAAUUAUCAACUUCACUUGCGAAACUACUUUUUAGAGCAACAACAUGAUUCAAACAGUUUGUGAGUCUUUCUGAUCAAACUAUUUCUAAAUCUUGUAUAAUAAUAGUUUCAGAACCAACUAGAGUGUGUCUGAUAAACUUGCCAGGGGAAUUCAUAUGACACAUCAAAAAUGAGAACAUUCAGUAUGGGCAUUGUACCUGUAAUUAGUUCUGAAUUGCUUGAGAUUCAUUUGUGCCAACUGCACUGUACUGUACCGUAUAUGCUG